AUGAGCGCUUCGGCGCGGCCUGACGCAGGUCGUGGUGUUGAUGGUGCUUUUCAGGGCCUCUCCCACGAUCCAAAGAUCAACAACCACCCUGCUACCCAGGAUUCCUCGGACUUCAUCGCCGGCCUCUGGAAAGAGGCGCCGUUUGCCCUGAUGCCAGACGAUGCACCCUCUGAGCUCCGUGAAUAUGUGGAAGACGUGGAAAAUCCUUCUCGAGUCUAUGCCAUCCAUCGAGCGAGCAGGCGUCACGAUUUCCAGCUUCUCGUCGACCUAUACAUUCAUCAACUUCGUGUCGGAUGCGGGUCUACGCUAUGCUUGACUGCGACCUGCUUCACUUGCCGGAAGCGGCUCGUCGGCACGGCCCCUAUACGUCGAUAUAGCUCUACCAGCGCAAGAACGCUAGCAGUUUGCCUAGCCAGCCAAGACCAUCCUCACAGAGGACUGUGUCCUUAUCUACGACGUUCAAUUGACCCUCCACCAGCCGUUAGCAGUUUGAUGUUCUCCGUGCCACCACGCCCGCGGUCUCAUACUGCCGAACCGCCGUCCCCUCAAAGUCCCGGACAUUCUCGCAAAAACUCUCUUGGUACCCAAUCCAAGCCCAUUCGCCCAUGUCUUGCCAGAAAAUGCCAAGCGUCGGCUAUUGACUCACGCGGAGCCACUGCGAACCAAGAUACUAACCAGAACCAGCAUCCGAAAACGGAGCCCCGAGCAGGCAGUGAUGAUGAAAAUCUUGGAAGCGACCCGGAUGUGCUCGAGGUCAAAAUUACAGAGGGCCCUUUGUGCAAAGACCACAGGUCGUUUGUGGCCACGACGUUUGGAACUAUGGCCUUCAAAAUGCUGGAAUGGCUUACACCGCAAGGCCUGCAGGCAAUCUCCGAUAAUUACUCGGAAGCCAGAAAACCCGAGUUGGAGCGCCAGCAUGAUGCUGCGAAGAAAACGGCAGGCCAAAACGUAGGUGGGCCUGUGCAGAUCACGUCAAAUGAACACCGUCCUCGCCUCCAUCGUUCCUCGUCCAAGUCAGUACAGCCUGUAUCGACACCUGGCCAGGAAUCCAGCGCGCAUCCGCUACGCGAGCCCCUUCGACAUGACGAUGCCAUCAUCGCCCGCGAUUCUUCAAGGCUGAAACGCACUUCCAGGGGUUCUGUUAAGACCGGACCUGCUUCUAAGCCUCAAAAGAAAGCAAGCUUAGAGCCUUCAAUACCGUCGAACCAGUCAGACGGGCUCAGAUCCACUCCGUUAAACAAUGCCUUUGCAGAUAAGAAGGCACGCAAUCCAAAACUGACCAACGGUGUGCUCAGUCGGACGGUGCCGGAAAUUCCGGUGACGCCCGCCUUCUUCGAAAAUGUCCCGUGUUUGUCCUCGCCCUCUGUCGAAGAAGUCGAUCGCCUGUCCUUCGACCGGGAUGCUCAAGACGAAUAUGCAUCCAAGAAUGCCCCCGCUUUGGUGCGAAACCGGAAAGCACGGCAGAAACGAGCCGGGCAGGACAAGGUUCUGUCGCAAACAAGACCAAGUCCCUCCUGGACCCUUCAUCCCCUUCCACAAGCUCUCAGUUAUUUGAAUGUUGAGCUAAUAGACUUCAUCUGUGAUGUGUUUGAUGAAGAUGGGUCCAGCGAGAAGGAAUUUUUCGGUCCAUUGACCAUUGCAGAGAAUCAUCCCAAACCACUAAACGAUUCAAAGAAACUAGCAAGGAAACCGACGCAGAAGACGGAAGCUUCUAUUCUGCGGACUCAAUGGAAGGCGUUCAACGAACAGACAAUCUUCAGCGUGAUGAGCGACCCACCUUCCUUGGUCAAAUCUUUCACCAAGGAUGGCAAGCUCUACGACUCCCACACGCUGUGGUUUUGCAUGAUGCGCAUGACACGAGCGGCACCCAGUGUCGUGCUUCACAGUCUCUGGCUCGCCGCGAAAAGUUUGUUUGUCCCCCCUGAAUCGCUUAAACCUGGACGGCGGCCGCCGUCGACCGAAGUCUUUGGGCAUCAUGCAAGUUUGUCCAAUUUUGAAGCAGGCUGCAUCAUGUCCAUAUGCUUGCACGCCCUGGUCGCCACUGCACCCUGUGCGACAGACUCGAAGAUGCUGUAUGAAAUGUCUCGCAUUCGCUCCGGUGGAAUGGCCCUGCCCAAUCAAUCGACGGCCGCACGCCAGCGACUUCCCACCUGUCUGGAAUACGACGAUGUAUUCUCCAACGAGCUUGCGCUGCGGUUAGCGCGACGUGUUUUCUGUGCCAUCACCGCUCGCGAGUGCUUUGCCGAGAUGGCUAGCUCUGAUGUUGACCUGGAAGACACUGCGACCGAUAUGAACGCGAUGGGGCUGGUACUCGAUCAGCUCGAUAUAUUUAGCAGCGACGACGCUCGAAUCCUUGAGUUUACCCAAUCUGAACGUUUCCUUCACGAGGCUCGUGUGCCAACCCUACUCCUGGACUGGGCUAGGGCUGUGCUUCUUCAAGAGUGGAACGGCCGACCGGAGUACUCCAAUGAUGGCCCGUUCCAUGGGGCAAUGUCUUUAUUCAACACUCUCUACAUCAACAGAAACAAGCUUCUCCUUGGAGACGCUCAAUUUCGGGUGCAUUAUUUUUCCGAGCGUCUCGAUGCCAUGGAGGUUCCCGUAACCUGGACCUCGUUCACUCCAACCAGACAAGUGCAUCACAUUUUGGAUCACCCGUACCUCUUUAGUCAGGAGACAGUGGUUUCCUAUUUCCGUUCAAUCAACUUCUCGCGCAUGAGCCGGACGUACGAGGAAUCUAGCUCGCUAAAGACUCGGAUGGCUGCGAUUGUCGAUCCAGGAAGCCUGGUCACCAAUCCCCACCAUAAACAUGUGCUGCAAGACUUGCUCCAAACCGCAUCAUCGCAGUAUCUCGUGCUUACCAUUAGCAGAAAGCACGUGUUGCGAGACGCUUUCGAUCAGCUGUGGAGGAGACAAGAACGGGAACUGCUACGACCCUUGAAAGUGCAUUUGGGAGAAGGCGCAGAGGGAGAAGAAGGAUUCGACUCUGGAGGCGUUCAACAAGAGUUUUUCCGCAUGGCAGUUGCCGAAUGCCUGGAUCCUGACUUUGGCGCGUUCACGGUGGACGGGAGGACUAGGAUGGCUUGGUUCGUGCCCGGGUCUCUCGUGGAAGAGUGGAAGUUUGAGAUGAUUGGGCUCCUCAUGUCACUCGCAGUCUACAACGGGUUGACACUACCGGUCACUUUCCCCAAGGCCCUGUAUCGGAAACUUCUCGGCGAGCCCAUAGAAGAGCUGCACCACAUCGCAGACGGCUGGCCUGAGCUAGCGAGCGGCCUCGCAGCCUUGCAAGAAUGGGACGAGAGAGACGGAUUAGUGGAGGACGUGUUUGCGAGGACGUACGAGUUUUCCGUCUCGACUCUUGGAGGGGAGGUAACAGUUCCUAUGACGGAGGGGGGGUCGUCUUGGCCUCAAGGCAUCCCAAUUCCUUCGACAAGGAGCUCUGUUGCUGCCGCUGCGGAUUGCGACGACGCAGAAGCCGUCACCGGCGACAAUCGCUACGACUACAUAAGCGAUUACCUCAGCUAUCUGACAGACGUGUCCGUCAACCCCCAGUUUAUAGCCUUCGAGCGCGGCUUCAAGGCGUGCUUCGACGCGAAAUCCCUUAGUCUUUUGACGCCGUCGAUACUGCAGUCCAUCGUCGAAGGGGUCCAGGAGAUUGACAUUGGGGAACUACGUCGAUACACACGCUACGUUGGCUGGGACUCGUCUCACCCAACGGUCAGGGACUUUUGGUCCAUUGUCAAGCGAUACGACGAUGAAAUGAAGCGCAAGCUGCUCGAAUUCGUAACCGCGUCGGACCGUGUGCCGGUGGGCGGCGUGAGAAACAUGCAGUUUGUGCUGCAGAAGAAUGGGGAGGUAGAGGGCGACGGAGGUCAUUUACCGACGGCCUAUACCUGCUACGGAACGCUUCUGCUGCCGGUGUACCGAGACAGGGAAGCUCUGCGGGAACGAUUGGGCAUGGCGCUAGAAAACGCGCAAGGAUUCGGCUUUGCAUAG